CGUUUGUUCAUUUGAGAAUGGGGACGGGUUAACACAAAUCAAAGAAUUGGGAUGGUUAGAGUUUGCAUUGCUAUAAUUUCUCCUCAUUUCCUUCUUAUUGUGAUUUUUAAAAAAAAUUUUUUUAGUUUUUCACUAGUGUGUCAGCAGAAUUGGACACGAGUUUGGUCAGCCAGAAACAGAUACACAAAGCUCUCACCGAGUGUCCAUCACUCCGGAUCACCAAUCAAUCUCCUGGGAAAAUCACAGUGACUGGAUCUUACAUCGACAUAGAAAAAUGUUACAACUAUUUAAUAGAACAAAUAGGAGGAGGAGAAAAUAGCCCUCCACAGCGUCAGGGAGAGCCUGUGUUUCUUUCAACACAGCUAUAUGAAUAUUUCAGAGUCAUUUACUCCGAAGAAAUAGAACGAAUAAAACAUGUGUGUAAAGUGGACUUUAAACACAAGCAUGAAUCGAAUUAUAAUACCAGUUUAAUCUUUGAGCCCCGAGGUUCGGAUUCCGAUACUGAGAAAGCCAAUCAGCAGUUUACUGAUAUAAUUCAAAAGAUAACAUCUGACUGGGCUCAAAAAGAAGCAAAUCUCUCACCCCAAAGAAUCCCCGGUGUAAAAGAUAUUGAACGAUGUGUCAGGGAACAUUUCAGUAAAACGUUUGUGAUUGUAGAUGAAAAAAAAGUGGUCUUACAUGGCCCAGAAAAGGAAAUUUUAGAUGCGAAGAGAUUCAUUGAAGAAGGCCAUAUUAAUUCCACCGUGUCUCCAAGGGCCAUGACGAUCUUACACAAUGACACUGCAGCUAAUCUGAAAGUAAAUGCCAGGCAUCUAAAUAUUGUAACAAAGCUAAAACAUGGAGAAAUGAAAGAAAUUGAGGAGAAAUAUAAUGUAAGGAUAGAAGAGAGCGCUGUAGGUACUGAUAUCCAAUUGAAAUUCAGAGCAAUGAAUGGACUUCCUGACCUUGGACCUCAUGCUUCCCAGAUGUUCCUGAGUUUAUUGCAGAGGACAAUCACUAACACCACAAGGAAGGACAUCAGUGUGACACCUGGCACUGAAGACAGACAUUCUAGUGUGUUUGCUAAAAGUCUUCAGCCAGAAAAACCCAGAAUAACUAAUAAAAACGACGGGCAAAUCGCCAUCCCCCAACCUGCCAGCCAGGUAUCAGCCAUUGGAAAUGCUGUUAAUCCCUCACUAAAGCCUGAUGGUGGCUGCGCAAGAGCUGCUAACUCAGCAAACUUGGAAGAACCUAUGGAUACCAGCGAGUCCUCAGCCUCUGCUACUAAUAAGGACUCAGAUUCCAAGGAUGACACAUGCCCCAUAUGUCUGGAUACAUUCACUGACAAAGAAAUACUGGAUAAAUGCAAACAUGCGUUCUGCAAGACGUGUCUGCAAGAAAGCAUGGCGCAUAAACCCGUCUGCCCAAUCUGCAACGUUUUGUAUGGGGUCAUUAUCGGGAGCCAGCCGAAUGGCACGAUGACACAUAAUGUAAUACCUCUUAAACUGUCUGGAUUCACCUGCCAAACCAUCGAAAUUAAUUAUUCUUUCAUCAACGGCAUCCAGGGGGUAAGUGACAUCACCUGCCUUUUUUAUGGCUCUAAAUUAUCAAAUCGAUUUACUUUAUAUAAGUAAAAAGAUUCAGUCUAAACACCACAACCACUUACUGUCACUGAUAAUAGUGAUUUAUAACUGCAUCUACUUCUAAAUAUAGUCUCAGCUAUAGGACAGCACAUAUAACCUGGCUUUAUACACUCUGAGCUACCGGAGUUAGAAUAUUAAAAGCGAGCAUUGACUGUACACCAACUAGAACUGAGCUUUCUCUUGUCCCUGGGGACCGGGCUAGAUAUAAAGUGAUAACAGCUGUGAGAUUACUGAACAGUUCCAAUCAUUCUGUGUGG